AUGAUUAUGAAAGCUGCUGUUAGCCUGCUAGCCAUUAGGCUCGCUUCUGCCCAUAUAGAAAUGAAUUGGCCAUAUCCCCUGCGCAGCAAGUAUGACCCUGACACACCUACGUCUCUGAUCGACUAUUCCAUGACAGACCCGUUGAAGUCGGACGGCUCCAACUUCCCUUGCAAAGGCUACAUUUCAAAUACUCCCUGGCGCUCUGUGACCAGCUACAUGGCUGGGCAGAAAUACAACAUCAGCCUCGCAGGCUCAGCUACACACGGUGGAGGAUCCUGCCAACUCUCUCUUAGCUACGACAACGGCACCUCAUUCCAUGUCAUCGAGUCGAUGGAAGGCGGUUGCCCUCUGGAAUCCUCCUACGACUUCAAUAUGCCUAGUGAUGUCGCCAAUGGUGAUGCACUUUUCGCAUGGACAUGGUUCAAUUACGAGGGAAACCGUGAAAUGUACAUGAACUGCGCAGAUGUGACCAUCUCGGGUGGCCAGGGAACCGCAGAUUCCUUCGAAUCUGCGUAUCCGGAGAUCUUCGUGGCUAAUGUCGGUAAUGGAUGUCAGACCAUUGAAAUGCAGGAGACUGUGUUUGCCCAUCCGGGAAAUCAGGUCAUUUAUGGUUCUGGCGUGACCUCGUCUAGUCCGCCUUCUCCUUCUUGUGCUUGA